GGUAGCCGGGUUGUGUCUGCAGUCCGAGGCCGGCCGCCAGCGGCAGCGCAGGCCAGCGGGGCAGAGCGCGGCUCCCGCCCGCCCUCCCGCCCGGUGCGCCGGAGCCGGGACCAGCGACUGGACGCGACGGGCCGCCCGGCCCGCACCGCCCGGCCGCCGCGAUGUGCGACUGCUUCCACAUGGUGCUGCCCACCUGGCCCGGAGCCCCCGGCAGCGUGUCCGGCCGACAGCUGCAGCCUGGGGAGCCAGAUGCAGAAACGGAAGAUGACCGCUCUGUGACUGAGGGGCCUGCGGAUGAGGUCAUUCGACCACGGCCACAGGGGUCUUCACCUGUCUACGAAUACUCGACUGAGGCUGCUGACUUUGGACUCCAGGAAGACGCCCCCGGCAGGCAAGGUUCCUCUGGGAGACGGAGAUCCUGGUGGAAGCGGGAUUCAGGGGACUCACGGACAUUUUUCAGGAUGAGUCGUCCAGAGUCUGUGCAGCAGGCAACAGAGGUGACACUGAAGACAGAGGCAGAGACAGGAGCCAGUGGCUACAGUGUCACAGGCGGCGGGGACCAGGGGAUCUUCGUCAAACAAGUACUGAAGGACUCCUCGGCCGCCAAGCUUUUCAACUUGAGAGAAGGAGAUCAGCUGCUCAGUGCAACUGUGUUCUUCGACAAUAUAAAAUAUGAAGAUGCUCUCAAGAUCCUACAGUACUCAGAGCCGUACCGGGUUCAGUUCAAAAUCAGACGGCAGCUCCCUGCCCCACAGGAUGAAGAGUGGGCUUCCAGCGAUGCCCAGCAUGGCCCACAGGGCAAGGAGAAGGAGGACAUGGAUGUUGCUGAUGGGUACAGAGAGACCCCCACAAAAAUUCUGGAAACAGAUGGGGACCAAGAGAGACUCAUCUCCAAACCUAGGGUGGGGAGAGGCAGGCGGCCCCAGAGGGAGAGGCUCUCUUGGCCAAAAUUUCAGUCCAUAAAGAGCAAGCGGGGUCCAGGGCCCCAGAGGUCACACAGCUCCUCAGAGGCCUAUGAGCGCAGGGACGCACAUGAUGUGUCCCCCACAAGCACAGACACAGAGGCCCAGCUCAUGGUGGAGCGCCAAGAGCAGAAGGCAGGGCCAGGCAGCCAGAGGAGGCGAAAGUUUCUCAACCUGAGAUUCAGGACAGGCUCUGGAGAGGGCCCUUCGGUGACAGAACAGUCAGGCAGGGGGUCCCAGAGUGGGGUGGGCCAUGCUGGGAUCCUGGAAGAGCUGGGACCCUGGGGUGAUAGCUGCGAGGAUGCUGGGGCUGUCACAGACAGCAGGAGAGAGGAGGGAGCAGAACAGGAUCGAGAGGUGAUGCCUGCUCAGAGCAUGCAGUGGCCCACAGAGCUUGGUGACCCUACCAUUUGCAAGGGAACCCCCGAGGAAGGGGCACCCAGGGCAGCCAGGCACCACAGAAAGACCCUGGAGGGGCAGGCACGGGAGGCAGCAGUGACCCAGAGGAAGCCCAGAACCCAGCAAACUCCUCAAAUAAGUGAGGAGGGUGAAGGUGAGGGUCUGCAGAGCCUGGAGAUUGGGAUUGCCAGAAUGUCCUUGAGAGACACAACUCAAGGAGGCACCCAGAGUGGCCCACCUGAAAUUAGGGUGCGAAUACACGAUUUAAAGAUGCCAAAAUUUGCAUUUUCCACAGAAAAAGAGCCAGAAAGAGAAAGACACCUUAGUGCGGCACAGAGAGGAAAGAGACAGGACUUGCCCUUAAAAGAGGAUACUUGCCCAAAGGGUGAGGAGGGGCAAGGAGCAGGGUGGGUGCCAGGGAGGGAACCCCCCACACAUAUAGAAGCACAGCAGGGUGCAGGAGACACACAGGAAGGACUACAGAGGACAGAGAUCACUCACGGACAGGAGAAAGAUGAGGAAGACACAGAAGGAAAGAUGAGAAUGCCCAAGUUCAAGAUGCCCUCUUUUGGAUGGUCACCAGGCAAGGAAACAAAGACAGGGAGAGAAAAAGCCACACGGGACCUAGAGCAGGGAAGGGGAGGCGCAAUAGCGACGGGUGCCAGAGGAGAAUCGACAGGCACAGCGGCAGGCCCCAGAGAAAAAGACGACAGGGACUCACUGAUGGACACAACAGAAAUACAACUGAAACAUGAGCAGCAACGAUUAAAAACGGAAACAAUUCUGAAAGACAAGGACUUGGCUGCCACCAAAGACAGCAAGUUCAAGAUGCCCAAGUUCAAGAUGCCAUCGUUCGGGGUGUCAGCCCCAAGCAAGUCCAUCGAGGCCUCGGUGGACGUGUCUGUGCCGAAGGUGGAGGCCGACAUGAGCCUCCCCUCCAUGCAGGGCGACCUCAAGACCACUGACCACAGCAUUCAGGGCCCUUCAGCCGACCAGGAGGUCCAGGCUGGCAAGGUGGACUUGAAGCUCCAGGAGGGCCAUGUGCCCGAGGGAGCUGGCCUCAAAGGGCACCUGCCCAAGAUGCAGACACCCAGCUUUAAGAUGCCCAAAGUGGACCUCAAGGGCCCUGAGCUGGGUGUCAAGGGCCCCAAGCUGGACCUGAAAAGCCCCAAAAUGGAGAUGACAGCACCCGAUGUGGAGGUGUCUCUGCCCAGCGUGGAGGUCGAUGUUCAGGCCCCGGGACUCAAGCUGGAUGGCACGCAGCUGGAGGGGGACCUGUCCCUGGCCAACAAGGACAUAGCCACCACCAAAGACAGCAAGUUCAAGAUGCCCAAGUUCAAGAUGCCAUCAUUCGGGGUGUCAGCCCCAGACAAGUCCAUCAAGACCUCGGUGGAGGUGUCUGCACCGAAGGUGGAGGCUGAGGUGAGCCUCCCCUCCAUGCAGGGGGACCUCAAGACCACUGACCUUAAAAUUGGGCCCCCUUGCACCACCCUGGAGGUCCAGACUGGCCAGUUGGACCUGAAGGUCCUGGAGGGCCAUAUCCCCGAGGGAGCCAGCCUCAAAGGGGAUGUGCCCAAGGUGCAGAUGCCCAGCUUCAAGAUGCCCAGAGUGGACUUCAAGGGCCCCGAGGUGGAUGUCAAGGGCCCCAAGCUGGACCUAAAAGGGACUAAGGUGGAGGCGAUGGACCCCACAGCCCCUGACGUGGAGGUGUCUCUGCCCAUCGUGGAGGUGAAUGUCCAGGCCCCGGGAGCCAAGCUGGACGGCGUGCAGCUGGAGGGGGACCUGUCCCUGGCCGACAAGGACAUGGCCACGACCAAAGACAGCAAGUUCAAGAUGCCCAAGUUCAAGAUGCCAUCAUUUGGGGUGGCUGCCCCAGGCAAGUCCAUCGAGGCAUCGGUGGAAAUGUCUGCGCCAAAGGUGGAGGCCAAGGUGAGUCUCCCCUCCAUGCAGGGGGACCUGAAGACCACUGACCUAAGCAUUCAGGCCCCUUCUGCUGACCUGGAGGCCCAGACUGGCCAGGUGGACUUGAAGCUAACAGAGGGCCACGUGCCUGAGGGAGCUGGCCAGAAAGGGCACCUGCCCAAGGUGCAGCUGCCCAGCUUCAAGAUGCCCAAAGUGGACCUCAAGGGCCCCCAGGUGGAUGUCAAGGGCCCCAAACUGGACCUGAAAGGCCCCAAGGUGGAGGCGACGGCCCCUGACGUAGAGAUGUCUCUGUCCAGUGUGAAGGUGGACGUCCAGGCCCCGGGAACCAAGCUGGACGGCACGCAGCUGGAGGGGGACCUGUCCCUGGCUGACAAGGACAUGGCCGUCACCAAAGACAGCAAGUUCAAGAUGCCCAAGUUCAAGAUGCCAUCAUUCGGGGUGUCAGCCCCAGUCAAGUCCAUCGAGGCCUCAGUGGACGUGUCUGCGCCGAAGGUGGAGGCCGAGGUGAGCCUCCCCUCCAUGCAGGGUGACCUCAAGACCACUGACCUCAACAUUCAGUCCCCUACCGCUGACCUGGAGUCCCAGGCUGGUCAGGUGGACGUGAAGCUUCCGGAGGGCCACGUGCCUGAGGGAGCCGGCCUGAAAGGGCACCUGCCCAAGGUGCAGAUGCCCAGCUUCAAGAUGCCAAAAGUGGACCUAAAGGGCCCCAAGGUGGACGUCAAGGGCCCCAAACUGGACCUGAAAGGCCCCAAGGCAGAGGUUACAGCUCCCGACGUGGAGGUGUCUCUGCCCAGUGUGGAGGUGGAUGUCCAGGCCCGGGAAGGCAAGCUGGACGGCGCGCAGCUGGAGGGGGACCUGUCCCUGGCUGACAAGGACAUAGCCAUCACCAAAGACAGCAAGUUCAAGAUGCCCAAGUUCAAGAUGCCGUCAUUCGGGGUGUCAGCCCCAGGCAAGCCCAUCGAGGCCUCAGUGGACGUGUCUGCGCCGAAGGUGGAGGCCGAGGUGAGCCUCCCCUCCAUGCAGGGUGACCUCAAGACCACUGACCUCAACAUUCAGUCCCCUACCGCUGAUCUGGAGUUCCAGGCUGGCCAGGUGGACAUGAAGCUCCCGGAGGGGCACGUGCCUGAGGGAGCCGGCCUGAAAGGGCACCUGCCCAAGGUGCAGAUGCCCAGCUUCAAGAUGCCCAAAGUGGACCUAAAGGGCCCCAAGGUGGAUGUCAAGGGCCCCAAACUGGACCUGAAAGGCCCCAAGGCAGAGGUUACAGCUCCCGACGUGGAGGUGUCUCUGCCCAGUGUGGAGGUGGACGUCCAGGCCCGGGAAGGCAAGCUGGAUGGUGUGCAGCUGGAGGGGGACCUGUCCCUGGCUGACAAGGACAUGGCCGUCACCAAAGACAGCAAGUUCAAGAUGCCCAAGUUCAAGAUGCCAUCAUUCGGGGUGUCAGCCCCAGGCAAGUCCAUCGAGGCCUCAGUGGACGUGUCUGCACCGAAGGUGGAGGCCGAGGUGAGCCUCCCCUCCAUGCAGGGUGACCUCAAGACCACUGACCUCAACAUUCAGUCCCCUACCACUGACCUGGAGUUCCAGGCUGGCCACGUGGACGUGAAACUUCUGGAGGGCCAUGUGCCUGAGGGAGCCGGCCUGAAAGGGCACCUGCCCAAGGUGCAGAUGCCCAGCUUCAAGAUGCCAAAAGUGGACCUAAAGGGCCCCAAGGUGGACAUCAAGGGCCCCAAACUGGACCUGAAAGGCCCCAAGGCAGAGGUGACGGCCCCUGACAUGGAGGUGCCUCUUCCCAAUGUGGAGGUGGACGUCCAGGCCCCGGGAAUCAAGUUGGAUGGCACGCAGCUGGAGGGGGACCUGUCCCUGGCUCACAAGGACAUGGCCGUCACCAAAGACAGCAAGUUCAAGAUGCCCAAGUUCAAGAUGCCAUCAUUCGGGGUGUCAGCCCCAGUUAAGUCCAUCGAGGCCUCAUUGGACGUGUCUGUGCCGAAGGUGGAGGCCGAGGUGAGCCUCCCCUCCAUGCCGGGGGACCCGAAGACCACUGACCUCAGCAUUCACCCACCUUCCGCUGACCUGGAGGUCCAGGCUGGCCAGGUGCACGUGAAGCUCCCAGAGGGCCAGGUGCCCGAGGGAGGCAGCCCCAAAGGGCACUUGCCCAAGGUGCAGAUGCCCAGCUUCAAGAUGCCAGAAGUGGACCUAAAGGGCCCCAAGGUGGACGUCAAGGGCCCCAAGAUGGACGUCAAGGGCCCCAAACUGGACCUGAAAGGCCCCAAGGCGGAGGUGACAGCCUCUGACAUGGAGGUACUUCUGCCCAGUGUGGAGGUGGACGUCCAGGCCCCGGGAGCCAAGCUGGAUGGCGUGCCGCUGGAGGGGGACCUGUCCCUGGCCGACAAGGACAUAGCCACCACCAAAGACAGCAAGUUCAAGAUGCCCAAGUUCAAGAUGCCAUCAUUCGGGGUGUCAGCCCCAGGCAAGUCCAUCGAGGCCUCAGUGGACGUGUCUGCGCCGAAGGUGGAGGCUGAGGUGAGCCUCCCCUCCAUGCAGGGUGACCUCAAGACCACUGACCUCAACAUUCAGUCCCCUACCGCUGAAUUGGAGUUCCAGGCUGGCCAGGUGGACGUGAAGCUCCCAGAGGGGCACGUGCCUGAGGGAGCCGGCCUCAAAGGGCACCUGCCCAUGGUGCAGAUGCCCAGCUUCAAGAUGCCCAAACUGGACCUAAAGGGCCCCAAGGUGGACAUCAAGGGCCCCAAACUGGACCUGAAAGGCCCCAAGGCAGAGGUGACGGCCCCUGACAUGGAGGUGCCUCUUCCCAAUGUGGAGGUGGACGUCCAGGCCCCGGGAAUCAAGUUGGAUGGCACGCAGCUGGAGGGGGACCUGUCCCUGGCUCACAAGGACAUGGCCGUCACCAAAGACAGCAAGUUCAAGAUGCCCAAGUUCAAGAUGCCAUCAUUCGGGGUGUCAGCCCCAGGCAAGUCCAUCGAGGCCUCACUGGACGUGUCUGUGCCGAAGGUGGAGGCUGAGGUGCGCCUCCCCUACAUGCCGGGGGACCUGAAGACCACUGACCUAAGCAUUCAGCCUCCUUCUGCCAACCUGGAUGUCCAGGCUGGCCAGGUGGACGUGAAGCUCCCAGAGGGCCACUUGCCCGAGGGAGUCGGCCUGAAAGGUCACCUGCCCAAGGUGCAGAUGCCCAGCUUCAAGAUGCCCAAACUGGACCUAAAGGGCCCCGAGGUGGACGUCAAGGGCCCCAAACUGGACCUGAAAGGCCCCAAGGCAGAGGUUACAGCUCCCGACGUGGAGGUGUCUCUGCCCAGUGUGGAGGUGGACGUCCAGGCCCGGGAAGGCAAGCUGGAUGGUGUGCAGCUGGAGGGGGACCUGUCCCUGGUUGACAAGGACAUGGCUGCCACCAAAGACAGCAAGUUCAAGAUGCCCAAGUUCACGAUGCCCAAAGUGGACGUCAAGGGCCCCCAAGUGGACAUCAAGGGCCCCAAGAUGGACCUGAAAGGCCCCAAGGCAGAAGUGACGGUCCCCACAGCCCCUGAUGUAGAGGUGUCUCUGUCCAGCGUGGACGUGAAUGUCCAGGCCCCAGGAGACAAGGUAGACAGCAUGCGGCUGGAAGGGGACCUGUCCCUGGCUGACAAGGACGUGGCCACUGCCAAAGACAGCAAGUUCAAGAUGCCCAAAGUGGACCUCAAGGGCCCCCAAGUGUAUGUCAAGGGCCCCAAGGUGGACCUGAAAGCUCUCAAGGCAGAGGUGAUGGCCCCUGAUGUGGAGGUGUCUGUACCCAGCAUGGAUGUGGACAUACAGGCCCCGGGAGCCAAGCUGGACGGCGUGCAGCUGGAGGGGGACCUGUCCCUGGCUGACAAGGACAUGGCCGCCACCAAAGACAGCAAGUUCAAGAUGCCCAAGUUCAAGAUGCCAUCAUUUGGGGUGUCAGCCCCAGUCAAGUCCAUCGAGGCCUCAGUGGACGUGUCUGCACUGAAGAUGGAGGCCGAGGUGAGCCUCCCCUCCAUGCCGGGGGACCCGAAGACCACUGACCUCAGCAUUCAGCCUCCUUCCGCUGACCUGGAGGUCCAGGCUGGUCAGGUGGACGUGAAGCUCCCAGAGGGCCAGGUGCCUGAGGGAGCCAGCCUCAAAGGGCACCUGCCCAAGGUACAGAUGCCCAGCGUCAAGAUGCCAAAAGUGGACCUAAAGAGCCCUGAGGUGGACGUCAAGGGCCCCAAGAUGGACGUCAAGGGCCCCAAACUGGACCUGAAAGGCCCCAAGGCGGAGGUGACAGCCUCUGACAUGGAGGUGCUUCUGCCCAGUGUGGAGGUGGACGUCCAGGCCCUGGGAACCAAGCUGGAUGGUGCGCAGCUAAAGGGGGAGCCGUCCAUGGCUGAUAAGGACAUGGCCACCACCAAAGACAGCAAGUUCAAGAUGCCCAAGUUCAAGAUGCCAUCAUUCGGGGUGUCAGCCCCAGGCAAGUCCAUCGAGGCCUCACUGGACGUGUCUGUCCCGAAGGUGGAGGCUGAGGUGAGCCUCCCCUCCAUGCCGGGGGACCUCAAGACCACUGACCUAAGCAUUCAGCCUCCUUCUGCCAACCUGGAUGUCCAGGCUGGCCAGGUGGACGUGAAGCUACCAGAGGGCCACUUGCCUGAGGGAGUCGGCCUCAAAGGGCACCUGCCCAAGGUGCAGAUGCCCAGCUUCAAGAUGCCAAAAGUGGACCUAAAGGGCCCCAAGGUGGACGUCAAGGGCCCCAAACUGGACCUGAAAGGCCCCAAGGCAGAAGUGACGGUCCCCACAGCCCCUGAUGUAGAGGUGUCUCUGUCCAGCGUGGACGUGAAUGUCCAGGCCCCAGGAGACAAGGUAGACAGCAUGCGGCUGGAAGGGGACCUGUCCCUGGCUGACAAGGACGUGGCCACUGCCAAAGACAGCAAGUUCAAGAUGCCCAAAGUGGACCUCAAGGGCCCCCAAGUGUAUGUCAAGGGCCCCAAGGUGGACCUGAAAGCUCUCAAGGCAGAGGUGAUGGCCCCUGAUGUGGAGGUGUCUGUACCCAGCAUGGAUGUGGACAUACAGGCCCCGGGAGCCAAGCUGGACAGCGUGCAGCUGGAGGGGGACCUGUCCCUGGCUGACAAGGACAUGGCCACCACCAAAGACAGCAAGUUCAAGAUGCCCAAGUUCAAGAUGCCAUCAUUCGGGGUGUCAGCCCCAGGCAAGUCCAUCGAGGCCUCACUGGACCUGUCUGUGCCAAAGGUGGAGGCCGAGGUGAGCCUCCCCUCCAUGCCGGGGGACCCGAAGACCACUGACCUCAGCAUUCAGGCCCCUUCAGCCGACCUGGAGGUCCAGGCUGGCCAGUUGGACGUGAAGCUCCCAGAGGGCCACAUGCCCCAGGGAGCCGGCCUCAAAGGGCACCUGCCCAAAGUGCAGAUGCCCAGCUUCAAGAUGCCAAAAGUGGACCUAAAGGGCCCCGAGGUGGAUGUCAAGGGCCCCAAACUGGACCUGAAAGGUCCCAAGGCAGAGGUGACAGCUCCUGACCUGGAGGUGUCACUGCCCAGUGUGGAGGUGGCCGUCCAGGCCCGAGAAGGCAAGCUGGAUGGCGCACAGCUGGAGGGGGACCUGUCCCUGGCUGACAAGGGCAUGGCUGUCACCAAAGACAGCAAGUUCAAGAUGCCCAAACUUAAGAUGCCAUCAUUCGGAGUGUCGGUCCCAGGCAAGUCCUUUGAGGCCUCAGUGGAUGUGUCUGCGCCGAAGGUGGAGGCCGAGGUGAGCCUCCCUUCCAUACAGGGGGAUAUCAAGACCGCUGACAUCAGCUUUCAUCCCCAUAUCGGCGACCUGGAGGUCCAGGCUGGCCAGGUAGAUGUGAAGGUCCCGGAGGGCCCCAUGUCUGCAGGAGCUGGCUUCAAAGGGCACGUGCCCAAAGUGCAGAUGCCCAGCUUCAAGUUGCCCAAAGUGGACCUCAAGGGCCCCCAGGUGGACCUGAAAAGCCCCAAGGCAGAAGUGACGGUCCCCACAGCCCCCGAUGAAGAGGUGUCUCUGUCCAGCCUGGAAGUGAACGUCCAGGCCCCAGGAGACAAGGUAGACAGCAUGCAGCUGGAAGGGGACCUGUCCCUGGUUGACAAGGACGUGGCCACUGCCAAAGACAGCAAGCUCGAGAUGCCCAAGUUCAAGAUGCCCAAAGUGGACCUCAAGGGCCCCAAGCUUGACCUGAAAGGCCCCAAGGCAGAGGUGAUAGCCCCUGAUGUGGAGGUGUCUGUGCCCAGCAUGGAGGUGGAUGUUCAGGCCCCGGGAGCAAAGCUGGAUGGCGUGCAGCUGGAGGGGGACCUGUCCCUGGCUGACAAGGACAUGGCCACCACCAAAGACAGCAAGUUCAAGAUGCCCAAGUUCAAGAUGCCAUCGUUCGGGGUGGCUGCCCCAGGCAAGUCCAUUGAGGCCUCACUGGACGUGUCUGCGCCAAAGAUGGAAGCUGAGGUGCGCCUCCCCUCCAUACCGGGGGACCUGAAGACCACUGACCUCAGCAUGCAGCUUCCUUCUGCUGACCUGGAGGUCCAGGCUGGCCAGAUGGACGUGAAGCUCCCAGAGGGCCAUGUGCCCGAGGGAUCUGGCCUCAAAGGGCACCUGCCCAAGGUACAGAUGCCCAGCUUCAAGAUGCCAAAAGUGGACCUAAAGGGCCCCAAGAUGGACAUCAAGGGCCCCAAACUGGACCUGAAAGGUCCCAAGGUGGAGGUGAUGGCCGCUGACAUGGAGGUGCCUCUGCCCAGCGUGGAGGUGAUGGUCGCUGACAUGGAGGUGCCUCUGCCCAGCAUGGAGGUGAAUGUUCAGGCCCCGGGAACCAAGCUGGAUGGCGCGCAACUGGAGGGGGACCUGUCCCUGGCUGACAAGGACAUGGCCGUCACCAAAGACAGCAAGUUCAAGAUGCCCAAGUUCAAGAUGCCAUCAUUCGGGGUGUCAGCCCCAGGCAAGUCCAUCGAGGCCUCACUGGACGUGUCUGUGCCAAAGGUGGAGGCCGAGGUGAGCCUCCCCUCCAUGCCAGGGGACCUGAAGACCACUGACCUCAGCAUUCAGCCUCCUUCCGCUGACCUGGAGGUCCAGGCUGGUCAGGUGGAUGUGAAGCUCCCAGAGGGCCAUGUGCCCGAGGGAGCCGGCCUCAAAGGGCACCUGCCCAAGGCGCAGAUGCCCAGCUUCAAGAUGCCAAGAGUGGACCUAAAGGGCCCUGAGUUGGACAUCAAGGGCCCCAAACUGGACCUGAAAGGCCCCAAGGCAGAGGUGACAGCUCCCAACGUGGAGGUGUCUCUGCCCAGUGUGAAGGUGGACGUCCAGGCCCGGGAAGGCAAGCUGGAUGGCGCGCAGCUGGAGGGGGACCUGUCCCUGGCUGACAAGGGCAUGGCUGCCACCAAAGACAGCAAGUUCAAGAUGCCCAAGCUCAAGAUGCCAUCAUUCGGAGUGUCGGUCCCAGGCAAGUCCUUUGAGGCCUCAGUGGAUGUGUCUGCGCCGAAGGUGGAGGCCGAGGUGAGCCUCCCUUCUAUACAGGGGGAUAUCAAGACUGCUGACAUCAGCUUUCAGCCCCAUAUCGGUGACCUGGAGGUCCAGGCUGGCCAGGUGGACGUGAAGGUCCCAGAGGGUCACAUGCCUGAGGGACCUGGCUUCAAAGGGCACGUGCCCAAAGUGCAGAUGCCCAGCUUCAAGUUGCCCAAAGUGGACCUCAAGGGCCCCCAGGUGGAUGUCAAAAGCCCCAAGCUGGACCUGAAAAGCCCCAAGGCAGAAGUGACGGUCCCCACAGCCCCAGAUGUAGAGGUGUCUCUGCCCAGUGUUGAGGUGAACGUCCAGGCCCCAGGAGACAAGGUAGACAGCAUGCGGCUGGAGGGGGACCUGUCCCUGGCUGACAAGGACAUAACCACCAUCAAAGACAGCAAGUUCAAGAUGCCCAAGUUCAAGAUGCCGUCGUUCGGGAUGUCAGCCCCAGGCAAGUCCACUGAGGCCUCUGUGGAUGUGUCUGUGCCGAAGAUGGAGGCCGAGGUGAGCCUCCCCUCCAUGCCGGGGGACCUGAAGACCACUGACCUCAGCAUGCAGCCUCCUUCUGCUGACCUGGAGGUCCAGGCUGGUCAGGUGGACGUGAAGCUCCCAGAGGGCCACGUUCCCGAGGGAGUCGGCCUCAAAGGGAACCUGCCGAAGGUGCAGAUGCCCAGCUUCAAGAUGCCCAAAGUGGACCUAAAGGGCCCCAAGGUGGACGUCAAGGGCCCCAAGAUGGACGUCAAGGGCCCCAAACUGGACCUGAAAGGCCCCAAGACGGAGGUGAUGGCCCCUGACACGGAGGUGCUUCUGCCCAGUGUGGAGGUGGACGUCCAGGCCUUGGGAACCAAGCUGGAUGGCACGCAGCUUGAGGGGGACCCAUCCCUGGCUGACAAGGACAUGGUUGUCACCAAAGACAGCAAGUUCAAGAUGCCCAAGUUCAAGAUGCCAUCAUUCGGGGUGUCAGCCCCAGGCAAGUCCAUCGAGGCCUCACUGGACGUGUCUGUGCCGAAGGUGGAGGCUGAGGUGAGCCUCCCCUCCAUGCCAGAGGACCUGAAGACCACUGACCUCAGAAUGCAGCUUCCUUCCACUGACCUGGAGGUUCAGACUGGCCAGGUGGACAUAAAGCUCCCAAAGGGCCACGUGCCCGAGGGAGUCGGCCUCAAAGGGCACCUGCCCAAGGUGCAGAUGCCCAGCUUCAAGAUGCCAAAAGUGGACCUAAAGGGCCCUGAGGUGGACAUCAAGGGCCCCAAACUGGACCUGAAAGGCCCCAAGGCAGAGGUGACAGCUCCCAACGUGGAGGUGUCUCUGCCUAGUGUGGAGGUGGACGUCCAGGCCCGGGAAGGCAAGCUGUAUGGCACGCAGCUGGAGGGGGACCUGUCCCUGGCUGACAAGGGCAUGGCUGCCACGAAAGACAGCAAGUUCAAGAUGCCCAAGCUCAAGAUGCCAUCAUUCGGGGUGUCGGUCCCAGGCAAGUCCUUUGAGGCCUCAGUGGAUGUGUCUGUGCCGAAGGUGGAGGCCGAGGUGAGCCUCCCUUCCAUACAGGGGGAUAUCAAGACCACUGACAUCAGCAUUCAGCCCCGUAUCGGAGAGCUGGAGGUCCAGGCUGGCCAGGUGGACGUGAAGGUCCCGGAGGGCCACAUGCCCAAGGUGCAGAUGCCCAGCUCCAAGAUGCCCAAAGUGGACCUAAAUGCCCCCCAUGUGGACGUCAAGGGCCCCAAGCUGGACUUUAAAGGCCCCAGGGUGGGGGUGAUGCCGUCCGAUGUGGAGCUGUCUGUGCCAAGCAUGAAGGUGGACGUUCAUGCCCUAGGAGCCAAGCUGGAUGGCACGCAGCUGGAGGGGGACCUGUCCCUGGCUGACAAGGACGUGGCUGCCACCAAAGAAAGCAAGUUCAAGAUGCCCAAGUUCAAGAUGCCAUCAUUUGGGGUGUCAGCCCCAGGCCAGUCCAUCGAGGUGUCUGUGGACAUGUCUGUGCCGAAGGUGGAGGCCGAGGUGAGCCUCCCCUCCAUGCCGGGGGACCUGAAGACCACUGACCUCAGCAUUCAGCCUCCUUCCACCAACCUGCAGGUCCAGGCUGGCCAGGUGGAUGUGAAGCUUACAGAGGGCCACGUGCCUGAGGGAGCCGGCCUCAAAGGGCACCUGCCUAAGGUGCAGAUGCCCAGCUUCAAGAUGCCCAAAGUGGACCUAAAGGGCCCCAAGGUGGACAUCAAGGGCCCCAAGAUGGACAUCAAGGGCCCCAAACUGGACCUGAAAGGCCCCAAGGCAGAGGUGACAGCCCCUGACAUGGAGGUGCCUCUGCACAGUGUGGAGGUGGAUGUCCAGGCCCCGGGAACCAAGCUGGAUGGUGCACAGCUGGAGGGGGACCUGUCCCUGGCUGACAAGGGCAUGGCCGCCACCAAAGACAGCAAGUUCGAGAUGCCCAAGUUCAAGAUGCCAUCAUUUGGAGUGUCAGCCCCAGGCAAGUCCAUCGAGGCCUCACUGGACGUGUCUGCACCAAAGUUGGAGGCUGAGGUGAGCCUCCCUUCCAUGCAGGGGGAUAUCAAGGCCACUGAACUCAGCAUUCAGCCCCCUAUCACCGACCUGGAGGUCCAGGCUGGCCAAGUGGAUGUGAAGCUUCCAGAGGGCCACAUGACUGAGGGAGCCAGCCUCAAAGGACACCUGCCCAAGGUGCAGAUGCCCAGCUUCAAGAUGCCCAAAGUAGACCUCAAGGGCCCCCAGCUAGACCUGAAAAGCCCCAAGGCGGAAGUGACGGUCCCCACUGCCCCUGAUGUAGAGGUGUCUCUGCCCAGUGUGGAGGUGAAUGUCCAGGCCCCAGGAGACAAGGUAGACAGCAUGCAGCUGGAAGGGGACCUGUCCCUGGCUGACAAGGACGUGGCCACUGCCAAAGACAGCAAGUUCAAGAUGCCCACAUUCAAGAUGCCCAAAGUGGACCUCAAGGGCCCCAAGCUGGACCUGAAAGCCCCCAAGGCAGAGGUGAUAGCCCCUGGUGUGGAGGUGUCUGUGCCCAGCAUGGAGGUGGAUGUUCAGGCCCCGGGAGCCAAGCUGGACGGCGUGCAGCUGGAGGGGGACCUGUCCCUGGCUGACAAGGACAUGGCCACCACCAAAGACAGCAAGUUCAAGAUGCCCAAGUUCAAGAUGCCAUCGUUCGGGCUGACUGCCCCAGGCAAGUCCAUCAAGGCACCGGUGGACAUGUCUGCGCCGAAGGUGGAGGCCGAGGUGAGCCUCCCUUCCAUGCAGGAGGACCUCAAGACCACUGACCUCAGCAUUCAGCCCCUUUCUGCCGAACUGGAGGUCCAGGCUGGCCAGGUGGAUGUGAAGUUCCCAGAGGGCCAUGUGCCCGAGGGAGCCGGCCUCAAAGGACACCUGCCCAAGGUGCAGAUGCCCAGCUUGAAGAUCCACAAAGUGGAACUAAAGGGUCCCCAGGUGGACAUCAAGGGCCCCAAGCUGGACCUGAAAGGCCCCAAGGCGGGCGUGAUGCCGCCCAGCGUGGAGCUGUCUGUGCCCAGCAUGGAGGUGGAUGUUCAGGCCCUGGGAGCAAAGCUGGAUGGUGCGAGGCUGGAGGGGGACCUGUCCCUGGCUGACAAGGACAUGGCCCCCACCAAAGACAGCAAGUUCAAGAUGCCCAAGUUCAAGAUGCCAUUGUUCGGGGUGUCAGCCCCAGGCAAGUCCAUCGAGACCUCGGUAGACGUGUCUGUGCCGAAGGUGGAGGCUGAGGUGAGCCUCCCCUCCAUGCCAGGGGACCUUAAGACCACUGACCUCAGCAUUCAGCUUCCUUCUGCUGACCUGGAGGUCCAGGCUAGCCAGGUGGACAUGAAGCUCCUGGAGGGCCAUAUAUCUGAGGGAGACAGCCUCAAAGGGCACCUGCCCAAGGUGCAGAUGCCCAGCUUCAAGAUGCCCAAAGUGGACCUCAAGGGCCCCCAGGUGGACGUCAAGGGGCCCAAGUUGGACCUGAAAAGCCCCAAGGCGGAAGUGAUGGUCCCCACUGCCCCGGAUGUGGAGGCAUCUCUGCCCAGGGUGGAGGUGAAGAUCCAGGCCCCGGGAGACAAGGUAGAUAGCGUGCAGCUGGAAGGGGACCUGUCCCUGGCUGACAAGGACAUGGCUGCCGCCAAAGACAGCAAGUUCAAGAUGCCCAAGUUCAAGAUGCCAUCAUUUGGGGUGGCUGUCCCAGGCAAGUCCAUCGAUGCAUCGCUGGACAUGUCUGCGCCGAAGGUGGAGGCCAAGGUGAGCCUCCCCUCCAUGCAGGAAGACCUCAAGACCACUGACCUCAGCAUUCAGGCCCCUUCAGCCGACCUGGAGGUCCAGGCUGGCCAGGUGGACUUGAAGCUCACAGAGGGCCAUGUGCCCGAGGGAACUGGCCUCAAAGGGCACCUGCCUAAGAUGCAGCUGCCCAGCUUCAAGAUGCCCAAAGUGGACCUCAAGGGCCCCCAGGUAGACGUCAAGGGGCCCAAACUGGACGUGAAAGGCCCCAAGGCGGAGGUAACGGCCCCCAACAUAGAGAUGUCUCUGCCCAGUGUGGAUGUGGAUGUCCAGGCCCCAGGACCCAAGCUGGAUGGCGUGCAGCUGGAGGGGGACCUGUCCCUGGCUGACAAGGACAUGGCCGUCACCAAAGACAGCAAGUUCAAGAUGCCCAAGUUCAAGAUGCCAUCAUUCGGGGUGUCAGCCCCAGGCAAGUCCAUUGAGGCCUCGGUGGACGUGUCUGCGCCAAAGGUGGAGGCCGAGGUGAGCCUCCCCUCCAUGCCGGGGGACCCGAAGACCACUGACCUCAGCAUUCAGGCCCCUUCAGCCGACCUGGAGGUCCAGGCUGGCCAGGUGGACUUGAAGCUCACAGAGGGCCAUGUGCCCGAGGGAACUGGCCUCAAAGGGCACCUGCCUAAGAUGCAGCUGCCCAGCUUCAAGAUGCCCAAAGUGGACCUCAAGGGCCCCCAGGUAGACGUCAAGGGGCCCAAACUGGACGUGAAAGGCCCCAAGGCGGAGGUAACGGCCCCCAACAUAGAGGUGUCUCUGCCCAGUGUGGAUGUGGAUGUCCAGGCCCCAGGACCCAAGCUGGAUGGCGUGCAGCUGGAGGGGGACCUGUCCCUGGCUGACAAGGACAUGGCCGUCACCAAAGACAGCAAGUUCAAGAUGCCCAAGUUCAAGAUGCCAUCAUUCGGGGUGUCAGCCCCAGGCAAGUCCAUUGAGGCCUCGGUGGACGUGUCUGCGCCAAAGGUGGAGGCCGAGGUGAGCCUCCCCUCCAUGCAGGGCGACCUCAAGGCCACUGAUCUCAGCAUUCAGCUCCCUUCCACCGACCUGGAGGUCCAGGCUGGCCAGGUAGACAUGACGCUCCUGGAGAGCCACGUGCCUGAGGGAGCCGGUCUCAAAGGUCACCUGCCCAUGGUGCAGAUGCCCAGCUUCAAGAUGCCCAAAGUGGACCUCAAGGGUCCCCAGGUGGAGGUCAAGGGCCCUAAGCUCGACCUGAAAAGCCCCAAGGCAGAGGUGACAGCCACCAACGUGGAAGUGUCUCUGCCCAGCGUGGAGGUGGAUGUCCAGGCCCCGGGAGCCAAGCUUGACGGCAGGCAGCUGGAGGGGGUCCUGUCCCUGGCUGACAAGGACGUGGCCGCCACCAAAGACAGCAAGUUCAAGAUGCCCAAGUUCAAGAUGCCAUCAUUUGGGGUGUCGGCCCCAGGCAAGUCCGUCGAGGCCUCAGUGGACGUGUCUGCGCCAAAGGUGGAGGCCGACAUGAGCCUCCCCUCCAUGCAGAGGGACCUGAAGACCACUGACCUCAGCAUUCAAUCCCCUUCCACCGACCUGGAGGUCCAGGCAGGCCAGGUGGAUGUGAAGCUCCCAGAGGGCCACGUGCCUGAGGGAGCCGGCCUCAAAGGGCACCUGCCCAAGGUGCAGAUGCCCAGCUUGAAGAUACCCAAAGUGGACCUCACAGGCCCCCAGGUGGACCUCAAGGGCCCCAAGGUGGAGAUGACAGCCCCUGACGUGGAAGUGUCUCUGCCCAGUGUGGAGGUGGACGUCCAGGCCCCAGGAGCCAAGCUUGAUGGCGCACAACUGGAGGGUGACUUGUACGUGGCCGACAAGCAUGUGGCUGCCACCAAAGACAGCAAAUUCAGGAUGCCCAAGUUCAAGAUGCCAUCGUUCAGGGUGUCAGCCCCUGGCAAGUCCAUCGGCAAGUCCAUCGAGGCCUCAGUGGACGUGUCUAUGCCGAAGGUGGAGGCCAAGGUGGGCCUCCCCUCCAUGCAGGGGGACCUCAAGACCACUGACCUCAGCAUUCAGGCCCCUUCUGCUGACCUAGAGGUCCAGGCUGGCCAUGUGGACGUGAAGCUCCCAGAGGGCCAUGUGUCUGAGGGAGCCGGCCUCAAAGGGCACCUGCCCAAGGUGCAGAUGCCCAGCUUCAAGAUGCCCAAAGUGGACCUUGAGGGCCCCCAGGUGGACGUCAAGGGCCCCAAGCUGGACCUGAAAGGCCCCAAGGCGGAGGUGACGGUACCUGACGUGGAAGUGUCUCUGCCCAGCAUGGAGGUGGAUGUCAAUGUCCUGGGAGCCAACUUGGGCGGUUUUCAGCUUGCGGGCAACCAGUCCUUGGACGAAAAGUACGUGUCGGUAAAUGACAGGAAGUGUGAAGUCGUUUGUGAAGGUGGUCUUCAGGUUCCAUCACCCGAUGAUAAGUUUGGACUUGGUGUUGGAACAGCUGGAGUAGAUUCUAAGGUCACGAACCUGCAGUUUAUAACGCCCAAAGUUGCAUUUUCUUCUGCAAAAACUGCUGGUUUAGCUCCAGGUGCGGAGUCUGGUGUAUGUCUCUCCACGAUUCCUGUGGCAUCAUCUUCAGAGUCUUCACAGUCUGAAUUACACCAGGCUUCGGCUGAGGUGGAGCCAUCCAUGCCAAUGCCCAGGGUUGGUCUGUGUGGAUUUUCAUCAUCUCCGCUUGAUCUCACUGGUCCCCACUUUGAAUCUUCUAUCCUUUCUCCCCGUGAGGGUGUCAUACUCACAAAACACCAGGUGACUGUUCCCAGAGCUUCCUUGGCCCCUGAGCUUGCUCUGCAAAUUCCUUCUGGGUCUCAGGCUGAGAUUCGUCUUCCCAAGACAGAGUGUUCCACGGACCUGCAGCACCCAGCGGGAGUUCAGACAUCUCAAGCCGACAGUCACUCUGGUACACUGAGUUCCACGAUCCCUGCUUCGCAUGGUCAGGUGUCUUUUCCUAAAUUCUAUAAACCAAAAUUUGUGUUUUCCGUCCCCCAAAUGGCAGUUCCUGAGGGAGACCUACAUCCAGCAGUGGGUGCCCCAGUCAUGUCUCCUCUUAGCCCUGGAGAGGGGCUACAGUGCCCCUUGCCAAGCACUCAGCUGCCAUCCCCAGGCACCUCUGUGUCCCAGGGCUUGGAAGAGCUUGUGGACUCCCUGAAGACCUCAGUGGUGGCUCCCGGAGGAGCCCCUGCUCCGGGAGCCACCACUGAAGAUGCUGACCACGAAGGGAAAGGGAGUUCCUUCAAAAUGCCCAGGUUUAAGCUUCCAUCAUUUAGGUGGUCGCCAAAGAAGGAAGCAGGGCCAAAGGUGGACCCAGAACGCAGCGUGGAGGACUCAAAACUCAGCCUGGGUUUAGACAAGGAUGAAGUGGCCCCCCAGCCUGCCGUGCACACGAAUCUGCCUCCAGAGAGGGAUGGAGAGAAGGGAAGCAGCACAAAGCCUGGCUUUGCCAUGCCAAAACUUGCACUUCCCAAAACGAAGGCUUCUAAGGGGGGUGUCAGCCUGCCACAGAGAGACCUGGAUCCUUCUCAUUCUAGUGCCACAGCAGGGGGUAGCUUUGAAGUCACCGAAAAGGCCAGCAGUGAAGGUGGUGGGGGAGGACUUGGUUCAACAGCAGGCGCCACAGGUGAGGCUGUGAACCUCCAUUGGCCACAGGUCCGCAUUCCUAGUUUGGGCUUUGCCAAACCUGAUCUCAGAUCCUCGAAGACCAAGGUGGAGGUGAGCCAGUCUGAAGCUGACCUGCCUCUUCCCAAGCAUACUCUGUCUACUGAAGGUGACAGCAGGGGAUGUGGGCCUGGGGAUGGCCCAGCAAGCCAGCCUUGUGGGGAGGGGAUAGCCCCCACCCCUGAGGACCCCCUCCAGCCAUCCUGUGGAAAACCAGGUGCUGAAGCGCACACAGUGGAAAGCCCAGAGGACGAGGGCACGACUACGGACUUGCAGGAAAUCUGGCUUAAAAUGCCCAAGUUCCACAUGCCCAGCCUCAGGCACUCUUUUAGGGACGGAGGUGGGGCUGGAAAGCUGGAAGUGGCUCAGACACAGGCAUCGGCAGUAACAGGGGGUGAAGCAGCAGCUGGAGUCAAAGAGUUUCUUGUUUCUGGGUCAGACGUGGAGGCAAAUAUGUCCCUACAGCUCCCAGAAGCAGAGGCAGCAGUGACAGCUUCUGAGAACACAUCACCCACAGACGUUCUAAAGUGUGACCUUGACAGCACGGGCUUGAAGCUGCACCUCUCCACUGCUGGGAUGGCUGGGGAUGAGCUUCCCACUUCUGAGGUCAGGAUCCAUUCAACCAAAGGGCCUCUCCCUUUUCAGAUGCCCGGCAUGAGGCUUCCAGAAACCCAGGUUCUUCUAGGAGAAAUGGAUGAGAUUUCUCUUUCCAAGCCACGACGUGAUCUUGCUGGCAUGGAGGAAAAAACGGAGAAAUGGGCUUCCCUGCCUGAAGGUCCGCUGAAACUGAGAGCCUCAAGCACGGAUGUGCCAGCCCAGAUUUCCGUGGUUGAUGUGGAUCAGCUGUGGGAAGAUUCUGUAGUAACUGUCAAAUUCCCCAAGUUAAAGGUACCAAGGUUCUCCUUCCCUGCCCCCAGCUCAGAGGAUGAUGUGUUCAUCCCCGCUGUGAGAGAAGUACAGUGUCCAGAAGCCAAUAUUGACCUAGCCCUUUGUGAGGAAAGGCCAGGGCUCUGGGGAGCCAGCAUCCUGAAGGCAGGUGCUGGGGUCCCCAGGGAGCAGCCUGUGGACCUUAACCUGCCUUUGGAAGCUUCCCCCAUUUCAAAGGUCAGAGUGCAUAUUCAGGGUGCUCAUGUUGAAAGUCAAGAGGUCACCAUACACAGUACGGUGACACCAGAGUUUAUAGAUCUCUCAGCGCCCAGGGGUUUUUCCACUCAGAUCGUGCGGGAAUCAGAGAUCCCCGCUUCAGAGAUUCAAACACCUUCAUAUGGAUUUUCCUUGCUAAAGGUGAAAAUCCCAGAGGCCCCCACGCAGGCUAGAGUGUACACAACAGUGACUCAGGAGGGCUCGGAAGAGGCACCCACACAGGCUGCGCCCGGAGUAGACUCCAUUUCUGGAGAUCUCCAGCCUGACACUGGAGAACCAUUUGAGAUGAUCUCUUCCAGGGUCAGCGUACUGGGACAGCAGACACUCACAUCUGAAGUUCCUGCCGGCCACCAGCUUGCAGACAGCUGUUCAGAUGAGGAGCCGGCAGAAAUUCUUGAGUUUCCCCCUGAUGACAGCCAAGAAGCAAGUGCGCUGCGGGCAGAUGGGGGCAGGGCUCCGAAAGAGAAAACGGAAGGUAGGAAAUCCGGUCUGCUGUGGUUUUGGCUUCCAAACAUUGGGUUUUCCUCUUCUGUUGACGAGACAGGUGUGGAUUCCAAAGAUGACGUCCAGAGAACUGAUCCUGUUCAAACCCAGCCUGAGGCGCGACCAGAGGCUGAACUGCCUAAAAAACAGGAAAAGGCAGGCUGGUUCCGAUUUCCCAAAUUAGGGCUCUCCUCAUCUUCUACCAAGAAAAGCAAAAGCACUGAAGAUGAGGCAGAGCUGGAAGAACAAAAGCUUCAAGAAGAAACAAUCACCUUUUUUGAUGCCCGAGAAAGUUUCUCCCCUGAAGAGAAGGAAGAGGGUGAACUAGGGGGACCCGUGGACACUGGGCUGGGCUCCAAAGUGAUGGUGACAUCCGUGGCAAGAACAGAGUUAAUCCUGCUAGAGCAGGACAAAAAAGCUGAUGAUGGAGACGAAGGCAAAGGCUCAGGCCUGUGACCGAAUGAAGGCUGAGAGGUGUGGCUCAUCCACACCAGAGAGACGCAAAACACUGAGCUGGAAAGCAGAGGCUGCGCACACGUAGGGAGCACCCCGUAGGAGCACAUCACGUCACCUGCCUUCACAGACUGAGAACAGAGCAGAAAUGACACCAUCACACAGCCCUCCUAAAAUGGAACCAAAGCUUUAGAGCUCCCUCAAAGCUUUGGAUACAAGAAGGCACCCUGGCUUCUCACAAGACGCCAGAAUUCACAUGGUACUCCGAGGCACUGCUGGGGAAGUGUGCUGGUCGUUAGAUACAUUUGAAGAGACCUGUCCGUAGUACCCAACAGAACAUGACCGUUUCUUUGAGGAAAGGGUUAGAAUGUCUGUGGUGUACAGUAGUUUUUGGUAUAAUUUCUUUCCUGCUGCUGCUGCUGCUUCCUGGCAAACAUGGUUUUCCUGUUUCAGGCAGAGUGCGGUCUAUUCCAGGACAGUUUCCUGCUCACUUUUGUGCUCACUUCUUUGUUGAAUGCCUCACUGAUGGCAAGCUUCAGGACAUUUUGUGUGACAGUGCACACAUGCUGGGCAGAAGGGUGCCGGCCAGUGGCUGGCAGGUGAGCCAGCAGAAGCUGGGACACCUGUGAGUUGUCAUCCUGAUCUCCUGAUCUAUCCAUGUCCGCUUGCCUGCCAGCGUCCGCAGUGCCUGCCAGCGUCCGCAGUGCCUGCCAGCGUGCACACCCCACAUGUGGCCUCUGAACCCCCUAAUGUACAUGCUACAGCCAGAAUGCAGAUGCAGCUGGCUCGGCUGUUCCCUGGAUGGGUAAUAAAGAAAGUGCUGCACCCCUC